AUGUCUCUCAGACUUUCCAGCGGAUCCAGGAGAACCUGCACCCGACCCACCACAGGAUCGCUCAGGCUUUCUGGGGGAGCCAGUUUUGGGGCUGGGAAUGCUUGCGGUGUGCCUGGGAUUGGAAGCGGCUUUUCCUGUGCCUUCGGAGGUAGCUCGCUGGGAGGAAAUGCCGGGGGAAACAGUUCAUGCGCCAGCUUCGCUGUGAACGAGGGGGGUCUCCUGUCGGGCAACGAGAAGGUGACCAUGCAAAACCUCAACGACCGCCUGGCCUCCUACCUGGACAACGUGCGCGCCCUGGAGGAGGCCAAUGCCGACCUGGAGCAGAAGAUCAAGGGCUGGUAUGAGAAAUUCGGCCCUGGUUCCUGCCGUGGGCUCGAUCAUGACUACAGCAGAUACUUCCCCAUCAUCGAGGAUCUUAAGAAUCAGAUCAUUGCUUCCACCACCAGCAAUGCUAAUGCUGUUCUGCAAAUCGAUAACGCUAGGCUGACCGCAGAUGAUUUCAGACUCAAGUAUGAAAAUGAGCUGGCUCUUCACCAGAGCGUGGAAGCUGAUGUCAAUGGGCUUCGCAGAGUUCUGGAUGAAAUAACCCUGUGCAAGACAGACCUGGAGAUUCAGUAUGAAACCCUGAGCGAGGAGAUGACUUACCUCAAAAAGAACCACAAAGAGGAAAUGCAGGUGCUGCAGUGCGCGGCUGGCGGCAACGUGAACGUGGAGAUGAACGCGGCGCCUGGCGUGGACCUCACCGUCCUGCUCAACAACAUGCGCGCGGAGUACGAGGACCUGGCGGAGCAGAACCGCAGGGACGCCGAGGCCUGGUUCAACGAGAAGAGUGCCUCGCUGCAGCAGCAGAUCUCCGAGGAUGUGGGUGCCACGACCUCAGCCAGGAACGAGCUGACCGAGCUGAAGCGCACCCUCCAAACCAUCGAAAUUGAACUUCAGUCUCUCUUAGCCACGAAACACUCUCUGGAGUGCUCCCUGACCGAGACAGAAGGCAACUACUGCACUCAGCUCGCCCAGAUCCAGGCCCAGAUCGGGGCCCUGGAGGAGCAGCUGCACCAGGUCAGAACCGAGACCGAGGGCCAGAAGCUGGAGUAUGAGCAGCUGCUGGACAUCAAGGUCCACCUGGAGAAGGAAAUCGAGACCUACUGCCACCUCAUCGGUGGAGAUGAUGGGACGUGCAAGUCUGCAGGUUACAAGUCCAAAGAUUAUGGAUCUGGAAACGUGGGGAAUCAAAUCAAAGAUCCCAUCAAGGCCAUAGUGGUUAAGAAAGUUCUUGAAGAAGUAGACCAACGCAGCAAGAUUCUUACCACCAGGCUCCACUCCCUGGAAGAGAAAUCCCAAAGCAACUAAUUCAAGACAUGAGCAAUAUAUGCCAAAUACUCUCUGAGAAGAGAAAGCAUUAUAUAUCAGUCUGGAAAAAAGAUCAAACCUAAGAAAAAUAUCUGUCCUGUUGUCUUUCUAUUCCUGAAACAUAAUCUCUGUCUGGGUGAUCAAUAACAGCAUCUUCCCACUCUUCAGGAAGUAUGUCAUAUACACAUAGGAUGACUUCUUUG